AGUUCUUACAAAAAAGUAGUUCCCUAGAUAGACUUUCUGACUUUAAGAUUUCUUUCUUUCCUCAAAUUCUUUUCGGAGAGAUCUUGUAUUUUGGUUUAAACUUUAAAGUAAAAACUUUUCUUAAAACCCACGAUUGUACAGGCCAUAAAAAUAAUUACUUAAUUACUGUACGAGCUGGAAAGUCGUAUAAAAAGCGUGUUUUUUUCAAGAGUGGAUUAGUCUUAAGCUAGCCGUCAUGGCCUUAAGAUGGGUAUUGGGACUACCGUGCGCUAUCCUGGUGAUCGUUGUCCUCGCCCAGGAAUCUAGUGCCUCAUGCUGUUACGGGAUGCGCAUCAAGUUCAAGACGAAUGGCUUCUGUGUUACGGUCGAUUCGGUGAAGCACGAAUAUUAUUCCCAUUGCGAGAGCGUCAUAUGCGCCGACGGUAAGACGAUCAAGAGCGGUCACUUCUGCGGCCAUGGCAAGUGCAACGUCGUCGGGUGCAACUGCGAGGGUGGCUGCCGCAGCGGACAUUGGAAGAAGACCUUCACGGAACGCUUCAAAAACAAGGAGAUCUGGUUUUCAUAGGUCUAUACAACAUGACUAUAUGUUCCGUAAGAUGUGCUUCGCAAAUCAAUUGUAAAUUAUUAUAAAAUAUGAU